UGUGUCCAGAACCAGCGGCCUGCGAUGUUGCCUUUCCAACCUGGCGGCCAGGAAAAACCCCAGAAUCUUUUAUUCCUAGGCUCGAGGUCUUGACGGGCCCUUUUCUGCACCGGACCGGUAGGUCUUCCGCCUGCCAGCGCUUUCAAUUUGGAGACGGACCAGGCCUCGGCGUUCUAAUAUGCUCUUGUGACUGACGUAACUUUGCUUUCUUUAGAAUUGAGGUCUCCAACUCUGAGGCUGACUGAAAACUUUAAAUUCGAACACACAAGGCCCUUCUGGCGUUUCCUGAGUACAGCCCAAGUCCAGGAGACAGCUGGCCAGUGCUGCCGGCCAGCGGCCUGGCGAUAUGUAAUUGGCUGGAGCCGCGGGCCCGCCUCCAUCUGGGCGUCUCGGCCUCGCCCCUGUCCGUGGAGUAGCGUUCUCCUAGACCUACCGGAUCCCAAGAGUCUAGUGAGUUCUGUGACUCUGUGGUCUGAAGCGGCAGCGUAGAUCAUGGAAACCUCUGCCUCCCGCGAGCCCAACACUAUCGAAGUGCUGCCCCAGCACAAGUUCGACUGUAGGUCUCUGGACGCCUACCUAAACCAGCACUUGCCCGGCUUUGGGACCGAGCCCGAGGCCAAGCUAACGGUUGCCCAGUACAGAUCAGGACAGUCCAAUCCAACCUUUCAUCUCCAGAAAGGCUUUCAAGCAUAUGUACUCAGAAAAAAACCACCUGGUUUACUUCUUCCUAAAGCACAUAAGAUUGAUAGAGAAUUUAAAGUCCAGAAAGCCUUGUUUUCAGUUGGAUUCCCCGUUCCCAAACCUUUAUUGUACUGUAGUGAUCCAUCUGUCAUUGGAACAGAAUUUUAUGUGAUGGAACGUGUACAGGGCCGAAUCUUUUCUGAUUUGACAGUUUCUGGAGUUAGCCCAGCAGAACGUUCAGCCAUAUAUGUGUCCAUGAUACAAACUUUGGCUCAGUUACAUUCCUUGACUAUACAGUCAUUGCAGCUGGAAGGAUAUGGUAGAGGUGUUGGGUAUUGCAAAAGACAGGUAUCAACCUGGACAAAGCAAUAUCAAGCUGCAGCUCAUCAGGACAUCCCUGCUAUGAACCAGCUAUCUGACUGGCUAAUGAAAAACUUGCCAGAUAAUGACAAUGAAGAAAAUUUGAUUCAUGGAGAUUUCAAACUAGAUAACAUAGUUUUCCACCCUAAAGAGUCUCGAGUUAUAGCUGUGCUUGAUUGGGAGCUUUCAACCAUUGGUCAUCCUUUGUCAGACUUGGCUCAUCUCUCGAUGUUCUACUUUUGGCCAAGGACUGUUUCAUUGGGAAAUCAAAGCCAUCAUUUGCAAGAAAACAUAGGGAUACCAUCAAUGGAAGAACUGAUUUCAAUAUAUUGCCGCUGCAGGGGAAUUAAUUCUAAUCUUCCUAACUGGAAUUUCUUUCUUGCCCUUUCAUAUUUUAAAAUGGCUGGAAUAGCACAGGGAAUUUAUCAUAGAUAUCUUCUGGGAAAUAAUGCAUCUGAGAAUAGCUUUCAGUAUGCCAAUGUUGUGCAACCUCUGGCAGAAACUGGAUUGCGGCUCUCAAAAAGAUCUUUCAGCACUGCAUUUCCACAGACUGAUACUACCUGUCAGUUGUUUGUACAGACUAAGACAGGUCAGGAGGUUCUUACUAGGGUGAAGCAGUUCAUGAAACAACAUAUCCUCCCAGUGGAAAAGGAGGUAAUUGAGUUCUGUGUUCAAAAUGAAAAUUCAGUGGACAAGUGGAAAAAACCUUUAGUAAUUGAUAAACUCAAGGAAAUGGCCAAAGCAGAAGGCCUCUGGAACUUGUUUUUGCCAGCUGUAAGCGGUCUCACCCAGGUGGACUAUGCCUUGAUUGCUGAAGAAACAGGAAAAUGCUUUUUUGCUCCAGAUAUCUUUAACUGCCAAGCCCCAGACACAGGGAACAUGGAGGUGCUCCACCUAUAUGGAAGUGAGAAACAGAAGCAGCAGUGGCUAGAGCCUCUUCUUCAAGGGAAUAUUGCCUCCUGCUUCUGUAUGACAGGAGCUGGGAAUCCAAAGUGCAAAAUUGCAAUUGUUAUGGGAAGAAUUAACAAUAACUCUGAAACCAGACACAAACAACACAGCAUGAUUCUUGUUCCUAUCAACACACCUGGAGUAGAAAUAAUAAGGCCCUUGACAGUUUUUGGCUACUUGGAUAAUUUCCAUGGAGGACAUUUUGAGAUCCAUUUUAAUCAAGUGCGAGUUCCUGCCACCAAUUUAAUACUAGGUGAAGGUAGGGGAUUUGAAAUCGCCCAAGGCCGACUUGGACCUGGCAGAAUCCACCACUGUAUGAGAACGAUUGGUCUGGCUGAACGUGCUUUACAGAUCAUGUGUGAACGAGCAAACCAAAGGGUGGCCUUUAAGAAGAAACUUUGUUCACAUGAGGUGGUAGCUCACUGGAUAGCUGAAAGCCGCAUUGCCAUUGAGGAGAUCCGCUUGUUGACCCUGAAAACUGCCCACAGCAUUGAUACUCUGGGCAGUGCUGCUGCUAAGAAAGAGAUUGCAAUGAUUAAAGUGGCUGCCCCCCGUGCUGUCUGCAGAAUUAUUGACUGGGCCAUCCAAGUGUGUGGAGGUGCGGGUAUUUCCCAGGAUUACCCUCUGGCUCACAUGUAUGCCCUAACGCGGACUUUGCGAAUAGCAGAUGGGCCUGACGAAGUCCACCUCUCAGCAGUUGCAAAAAUGGAGCUGAGGGACCAAGCCCAAAGCCUGAGGGCCAAGAUAUAGGAGGUGACACCACCUCACCUUGAUACAUAAUAUUUUUCCACUUUUGUAACAGCUUGAGCACAGGAUUAAUUACUCACUUAGGUAAAAAUUUGAGCAUCUGUUUUAAUCAAUGACUUUUAUCAUUUCAAGGAUCACACUUGAAAUUUUAUAAUCUCAAGAGUUUAAGUAAAAAAGGAAAUUUUAUAGCUGUUGUCAUUCAGUCUAACACCUAAAUGUAUAUAGCAUUUAGUUUUUAAACACACUACUUGUAAAGAAAUCAUGAAGUAGAUUGGAGAACUAAAUCAUAAGCAUAAAAAUAUUUUUACUUUUUUACUUUCAGGAAUUGUUCCAUUUAAAUAAAUAUUAAAUAAAUAUUUAAUCACUACUUUGUAAAAAUAUAGUGGGAUCUCCUUUUGGUCAUUGGUUUUAGGGGUUGGUUUAACACUGUGUGGUAUUGUUUGCAUUGAACGAGGCAUGACUGAUUGGGUCAUUUUAGAGUUUAUAUUGUUAUAAGGCUCUUUAUAAUUCAGCAGGAGCAUUUAUCCAUAAAAUCUGAUUAUGGUUUAAAGUUUACUAGAAGCCAUGCAUCUUAUAAGAAAAUAAAAUUAAGAAAAAUUUUAAUUAUGUAUAAAAUGUUGAUGUGAACAAUGGAUGUUUUAACCUACAAGAAAGUUAUAUAGUUUUGAGAGGAGAUUAAAAACAAUCUGCUCUGAACAACGUUUUGUUAAAAGCAAUACCCUAAGCCAACAUCCUUGUGGCGUGUUAAAUCCGUGCUGCCAGAACUACAGCCCUGGACCACUUGUAAAUCUUGAGCACCUGAAUUAUGUGGUCAGCAUAACUUAGGAACUGAAUUUCUGAUUUUUAAAAAUUUUAAUUAAUUUAGAUUCUCAACUCAGUUACUGGAAAACUUUUAAGUAUGCUUAGAAUAACUUGGAUAUGUGAAUUGUCUUUGGCAAAUGUAAAUUUUUUUAAGUCUAAAUGCAAGUAUUUUGAAUGAAAAUUUAGCACCCAAAUUAAGAAAGUACAAAAUAAACGCCAGAUUUUGAAGAUUUAGUACAAAAAAAUAAAUGUUUCAUUAAUACAUUUUAAAUAUUGAUUACUUGUUGAAAUGUUAAUAUUUUUGAUAUAUUGAAUUAAAUAAAAUAUAUUUAAAUUAA